UCAUUUAUUUUCGCUCCGGAGAAUCCCCAGAUCUACAAGUAUAUUAAGAAGACGCUCUCCCCUCGCUCUGCCUUUUUUGUAUCCUGUACCUUAACUUUCAAUCUCUCAUCUUAAUCCAACAUGACUCUUGGGAAGUAUGUGGUGGCUCUGCUCACCUUGCCAAUUCGGCUCGUAGCAACAGACUUUCGAGUUCAAAUCCCUCUUCUACUUGCUAUUACUUACUACCCCGAGAGAAUAAAGUUUCCCCUACCCGAGAAAGUUUAUUCUUGUAUCACAGAUGCAAGAUUCCUUCAAGCCUUGAAAAUCCUCAUCGGCUUCAGCGUCGCCCGAGCAAUCAACAACAAACUCUCGCAAUAUGUCAUCAACAACUGGAAGAGAGAUGCCAAGUUUAUCAAUGCCCAAGAGAUUGUUUUGAUAACUGGAGGCUCGAGCGGGCUGGGGGCGUUGAUGGGCGAGGAUUUCGCCCAGAGAGGCGUGAAGGUCAUCUCGUUGGAUGUCAACCCACCGCAAGAGACCCAAGCUGGCAUUCACUUCUACAAAGUCGAUGUCACCUCUUCUGCGGAUCUCGCAGCCGCGGGGGCAGAGAUCCGCAAAGCCCACGGCGACCCCACAGUCCUGAUCAACAAUGCUGCCGUCGGCUACGCCAUGACCCUCCUCGACGAGCCCGAGGAGUGCAUCCGCAGAUCCUUCGAAGUGAACACUUUCUCCCAUUUCCUGACGGCCAAGGAGUUCCUGCCCGCCAUGAUUAAGAAGAACCACGGCCACAUCGUCACAGUCGCUAGCAUGGCAUCUUAUGUGACCGUCGCCUCUAUCAUUGACUAUAACUGCACCAAGUCAAGUGCGGUUGCUUUCCACGAAGGUGUGGCAUCUGAGCUGAAGCAUCGAUAUAAUGCACCUAACGUGCGAACUUCCCUCAUCAAUCCCACCUGGAUCCGCACGCCUCUGAUCGAAGCCCUCACCUCUGACCCGAACUUCAAUGACAUUGUUCUGGAGCCCACAGAUGUCAGCUCCCAGAUUGUGAAGCAGGUUAUCUCCGGACGCAGCGGCCAUGUCGUCCUUCCCAAGUUUUAUACACCCAUCACCGGCAUACGCGCAUGGCCCUCUUGGCUGCAGGAGAGCGUGAGGAACCACAUGGGCUCUCUGUUUGACCUGAAUGUCCGCUCGGUUAGCAAGCCUAAGAAUGAUCCUACGCUUACGGGAGGGACCGUUGCUGAUCUGAAGUGAGGUGCGGGAGGAUCAGAGGCAUUGGAUAUACCGGCGCGUUCGAAUGUAAACAAGAUAAGAG